AUCAAACACGGACGGCAACUGACGUUAAGUAAUGCGAUAAAAUAACCUCAAAAUCGUCGGUCGCUUGACGCCAGACGCACUGUUUUACUUAUUGUUUACUUGAAACAAAUUUGGUAAAUAUUCUAUAUAAUGGCGUCAAAAGAAGGCGGUGAUAAAGGAAAGUCCUCACAGGGUGCGGGAGAUAAUAAAGAGAAGAGGAGGAAAGAGUCCAUUCUUGACCUAAGUAAAUAUUUAGAGAAAAGCAUACGCGUCAAAUUUGCCGGUGGACGAGAAGCGGCGGGAAUUCUAAAAGGAUAUGAUCCUCUUCUAAACUUGGUAUUGGAUAAUACUACGGAAUUCCUAAGAGAUCCUGAUGAUCCCUACAAACUGCUGGAUGACACCAGAGCUCUUGGUCUAGUUGUGUGUAGAGGUACCUCCGUGGUUCUAAUAUGUCCAAUGGACGGCAUGGAGGCUAUUCCAAACCCAUUCAUCACUCAGGAAGGAUAAUAUCUACUUAUAUUUAAGUCUACCUUACUUUAAGCU